AUGACGCCCAAUGGCGUCAAACAGCGUCUGUCUAAAAAAUUAUUCAAUGACGCUGAUGACGCCAAUAGGCGUCAUAAAAAAAAAGGUGGAUCUUUGAGCAGAACUGAAGAAAACAAAAUUAAAACCGAAAUAAAAAUCGAAAAAAAUGUUGUCGACAGUUUUGAAUUUGAAGGAACAGUUUUUGAGGAAAAUAAUACUGCAGAACUUAUUAAUCGGAUGAAUUUGGACAAGACAUCUAGAUCUAACUUAAGAAAAAAAGAAUUCAUUUGUUUUAUUUGUAAUAAAUCAUUUAAUUAUAAAUCACCAUUGAAAAAACAUAUACUCCUUCAUUCCAGAAAAGAACUUUACAAUAGCACGGUUUAUAAUAAAAAACAUAAUAAGUAUUUAAAACCAAACUUGAAAAUGCACAUAAGUGAUAAACCUAUUAAAUGUAAUAUCUGUGAUCGAACGUUUUCAUCGAGAUUUUAUUUAAUAAGUCACACAAUGACACACGCCGGAGAAAAACCAUUCAUAUGUGGUAUCUGUGGUCAAGCGUUUCCUCAAUCACGUUCUUUAAAAAGACACUCAAGGAUACACACAGGAGAUAAACCAUUCAAAUGUGAUAUCUGUGGGCAUGCGUUUUUUCAAUCAUCAGAUUUAUCAAUACAUACAAGGACACAUACUGGAGAAAAACCAUUCAAAUGUGAUAUAUGUGAUCGAGCGUUUUCUCAAUCACAAUCUUUAAAAAGACACACGAGGACACACACUGGAGAAAAGCCAUUCAUAUGUGAUAUCUGUGGUCGAGCGUAUUCUCAAUCAACACAUUUAAAAAAUCAUACGAGGAAAUAUCAUGGGGAAAAAGCCAAAUAAAUCUGAUAUCUGGGAUCAAGUGUUUAUACCAAUAGAUUUCCUUAAAAAUACAACAUAUAACACUCUGUUUAAUUCUGUGGAGAUCGAUCAGUUUUAUUUUUAUAUGUCUCCUUGUCGGUUUUUAUUGAUUACUUCAAUUUGUUCCAUUAUUGUACAUUUAACUACGUUUAAUUACAUUUAUAUAUUAUUUCUUAUGUUGAAUUAUUUACGAGCCAAUAGAAAUAAUCACAAAAAUAUAAGUAUUCAAUGCACAAAAAAUAAAGUCGAAUAUAUAAUUGUUUUUUUUUUAACUAGAAUUGUAAU